GUGCGCUAGCGGCUAGUGAUGCACCCUUGCUGCGCAGUAGCCCGCCGCCGCUCAUGAAGUGCGCACAUUAUGGACUGGCCGAUGGCGGACGAGUGGCCACUCGCGCCUCAAGACACGUGCUGCUGUUCUUGUGAAGAGCACAAGAAGCGACCGGCGCCUAAACCGCCCGAUCCAGGCGGACCUGCGCAAGCGCAGCUUUAUCCAGAUCAGAGUAUACUAAGUCAGAGUUUACCCUAUCCGAUUUAUUCGCAGUCCACGAUGGAGCUACCGCCACCCCCCGACAACGUUUCAACUCUCAGAGGGGAAACGCCGAGGGACUUGCGGAACAAAGCUGAAAAACAGCGACGGGAUAAAAUGAACAAAGCAAUAAAUGAAUUGAGCAAAAUUGUGCCACCUGUCCUGGCUAUGAAUCGCAAAGUUGACAAGACUAGCGUGCUUAGACUCACAGCGCACUACUUGAGAUCACAUCAACACGUGUUUGGUGACUCUUUAGAUUCAGCGAAUCAGUUCGGAGUAUCAUCGGUGGAGGCUUUGAUAUCUUUUCUCAAUGGAUUCAUUAUAACUACAACGUACAAAGGCUUAGUGGUGGUUAUAUCUCCAAACGUCGAACAAUAUCUUGGAUACACUGAGUUGGAACUAAUCGGUCAUAAUAUUAUAAAUAUUAUCCAUGAAGAAGACCAACAAAUGAUGUUAGAACAGUUGAUUCCAAGGAGUUAUCUCCUUGGACCCCACGACGAAAUACUUUUCCCCGAAGAUCCGGAGUCCAAAGAAAAAGUCGCAGAAGCACUUAGAAAUGAAAAAAGAAGUUUCAAUAUCAGGUUCAAAAAAAAUGGUCAACGAAAUGAAAAACAUAUAUACAUCAAUUGUCAUAUUGAGGGUUCCUUCAGGAAAUCAGACAGGGCUUGUCGAAGUAACAAUCGACGUAGUCAAAUGGUGCGACGUCUUAGAGCACGUGGACGGCACUGGUGCUCAAGCGGAAACGACGUGGUGUUUAUUGGCGUCGUACGACCAUCUUAUGAGACGUUCGUCACUGAGAGUAAACUCGACUCAAGCCUCAUGGAGUAUCGCACGCGACAUUCCAUUGAUGGUGAGAUCAUAAGCUGCGACUCGAGAAUCUCCGUCGCCACAGGCUACAUGGCAAGCGAGGUCCAAGGUGCCAACGCUAUGAACUUUAUGCAUCGGGACGACGUUCGAUGGGUCGUAGUAGCUUUGAGAGAAAUGUACGACCACCAUCGUUUAUCAGGGGAAUCUUGUUAUCGUUUAAUGACGAAAUGUGGGAGCUUCGUGUAUAUGCGCACCAAAGGAUUUUUGGAAGUCGACAAGAAUACAGGAGCGGUGACGAGCUUUGUUUGCAUCAACAGAGUGGUAGAUAAAGAAGAAGGCAAACAACUUAACAUGGAAAUGAAGAAGAAAUUCAUGAUGUUGGUGAACAACACUGAUGAAACACCGCCAGAAGAUGAUGAUGAUGAAGAGGUUAACGACAGGCAAGGUUUACCAGUCGAAGAUCCACAACAAUUGCAAAAGGUUAUCCUUCACUUGGUGACCAAUUUACCAUCUCCCAGCACUGAUAUUACUCAAUUGAAUUCACCAUUCCAAGAAGAACGAUCACCGUAUCGACUUUCUAUAAUUCCUCCUAAAAAAGAGAGGAUCGUUAAUGCUAUUGAUAAAAUAUACAAUGUUAUACAAUGUUUUAAAUAUAUUCCUAGCUCUUUAAGAUAUAAGAAAGAAAACAUACCCAAAAGUUUACAAAGCAAAGAAAGCCCAUCUGAAACUAUGGCGUCAAAUCCUGAAAAACCUGAAAAAUCUAAAAAAUCUGAAAAAUCCAACUCAGGUACUGAUCCCCCAACAUCAAAUAAUAGUCAGCCUAAAUCAGAUUAUGACACCGUUUCCCAAAAUAUAGAUCCAUUCAGUUUUUACCCUGAUGUAUUUCCUGGGACUUCAACUGAAAUAUCGCCUCAAGCCGGACCAUCAGGCUUACAGAGGCCAAUCGACCCUCUUAUACUACGACGACUUUACAUUUCUGAACCGGAAUACAUUGCUGAGAAUCAUACGCAAGUUUCGAGUACUAUUAAAGAUAGUAUCAAAACUUACGCGGUUAUGAUUCCAGCAAUUGUAUCCGGUAAGUUUGAUGAAAGUCAUAGUUCUUCUUUUGAUGCUAAUCGUUAUGUACAACCAUUAUGUCCAACGCCAGAUGUCGAUGUAAAUCAACCGGAGACUACAGAUGUCAGCAAUCCGGUUCAAUAUCGCUCAUACCCAGAACCUUCAUCGAGUACUAUGAGGCAGUUAAAAAAUUCUGCCCCUGAACAUCGGGGGAGCUCUGAUCGUACGCAAGCGUCAGGGUCGUUUCAUUCUUUGCAAGUGCCUAAGAGUAACAAUAAUUAUCCUCGUGGUUCAAGUUAUUAUAGUCCACAUAGUGUAGUUACCUACCCAAAUAUAAUACCUAUUAAUCAACCACCGUGGAACCGUGGCACUCAUGGAUCGUGGUAUAUAAGCGAGAAUUUGCCAGCACAAGGAAUUCAGGCGGUUCAGGCUGGUCCAUCGAGACCCCCACCAAUUCCGAAUUAUCCAAUAACACCAUAUCCUUUUAAUCCCUCAUGGCAACAGUGUUACCCAACAUAUAUACCGGAAUAUUCCAAUAUAUAUCAGCAAUUUGAACCCCAAGCUGAAGUUAAAAGGCAUUACUAUGCCACUAAAUCUGAUGAAGUGCCAAGUAAACGUCAAAACGUUGGCACAAUCGCUGCUACGGAGUACUUUCAACAAGAAAACACACAGCAACCAAUGACUACGACCCAAGAGGAUUUACUUUCAUUUCUUGAAGAUUUCACUUUACCCAAGUCACAUGUCGAAGAGGGUGGUGGUAUCUUAGAUGACUUCGUUAAUAGUAAUUUGUCUUUAAAUAUGCAACCUCAUGAUCGUGCAUGGGAAGAACAAGAACUAGGACUAUGUUUGGCAUUAUUGGAGGAGAACUCUAUUGAUGUACCCAUUGAUCCGGAUUUUGAAUUACCAGACGUAGACAUCGUAAACCAAAUAAGCUCUCCAAUGCCUUUGGCUUCAUACGCAAGUUUUCAAGAACCAAGUGAUGUACAAGCUGGUCUCAGAUUCCAAUCUGAAGCCGAAGCACCGCAUCUUGGCGACGACUACAUUAACAUUGAUGAUGUAGAAGAAACUAUUCAGUAUUUGGCGAGAAAAGUAGAAAUAAUUAAAGCGGUUGAAACCUUACAAAAGUAGAAAAUUAUUUAAAUCUACAUAAAGUAUACAGGGUGACUGGUGAGAUGAUAAUACUUCAAUGUGGGCUAUUUGGCGAACGUAUCUGAAGAAAAAAAAUUACAUUGAAAAUAAAUAUUAAUUUAUUGCUUAACAAAAUCGAAACGUAAAUAAUUAAUUACGCAACGCGUGGUCCCACUACGCGUGAAAUAG